CUUAAAAGCGGUCACUGAAGUCUCUGUGGUCACAUUCAGCUGUGACUGAAAGACCGACAGACCAGUUCUUGGAAUACAAUCAUGAAGUUGCUUCAGGAUUCAGAGGACGCAAAGGCCCAAAGGAAGAGUCUCAAACCUCAGGUGGAGAGACGUCGAAGGGAGAGAAUGAACCGCAGCCUGGAGAGCCUAAAGACUCUUUUGCUACAGCGGCAGGAAGCUACUCAGCGCAGAGUGGAGAAAGCUGAGAUACUCGAGCACACAGUCGUCUUCCUGCAGAACACUGCUGAAAAAGACCAGACGAGAGCUGGAGGUGGUGAUGGUGGUGGAGGAGGAGGAGGAGGCCAGAAACACUCCUUCCAAGACGGCUUCUCCACCUGCCUGCAGAGAGCUGCUCAGUUCCUGGGACCUGAGGGGAAAGGCCUGUGGCUUGGAGCAGCACUGGAUGCAUCUUUUGCUGCUCGCUUUUCCCAUUCAGUCUCGGACUCUGCAGGCGUCCAAAGAAGAAGUGAAGCUCAUUCCUCCUCCAGCUCUCUGCUUCUCAGGAAGUCCUCCAGGUCUAUUCUUCGGCUGCUGAUGGACAGGUCCGGGCACAGACUGUGCACGCCUGCCCUUACUGUGACCAGUUGUGUUCAGACCAAUAGAGACUCGCAUCGCUCUCCCACGACUCCCCAACAGCCCCACAAAGUGACGAGUCAAGCAAGCAAACAGAGCCCGACCCAGAACCAACCGAUCGGCCAGUCAAUGUGGAGGCCGUGGCCCUGAUCACCACGCAGUGACUUCAGAAACUGAACUUUUAUUGAAUCUAACAUGCUGAUUAAUAUUCAUACAAGAGCAUUCGACUCUACAAGGACAUAUUCAGUGCAAUGUAUUGAACACGGGCCUCCUGCUGUCUGUAAAGACUGAUAAAUGUGUAGAUAUUAUAUAUCUAUUAUCACACCAAGUGCUGCUACGGCCUUUACAGGCCAACUCGUGUUAAUUGUGUCAUAUUGUGUUAUGUAUUU